CUGCUUCUCUCUGUCUCUGUCUCUCUUUUUUUCUGUCUCUCUCUCUCCUGCUCUUGUGAGUUUGUAUGGAGGACGUGCAUGCAUCUUUGCAUCCCUGCAUCCCUGCAUCCCCGCAUCCGUGGGUGCCUGAGUGCGUGAAUGUGUGAGUGAGUGUGUUGGGAAACCGCCUAGGAUCCGCCCACCUUGUCCAUUGUGUUGAUAAGGGCUUGAACUGAUCAACCCGCCCACCAUCCAGCCUCCUAACGACCUAGUGACCUAAGGAGGGCCGGUGUAGGGGAUCCUCCCAGGAUUUGGAAUUGAGAGUCCCGACCGAGUUGAGAUUGGGGGCAACAAUCGUAGGGCGUGCCACUAGCGUGUAGUUACUUCCAGCCUUCAUCGGCAGUAUGCAUCCCAUGCUACCGGGUGGGGCGGGCGGCGGAGGCGGGAUGAUGGUGUGCGGUUCUUCCUCGUCCUCGGACCUGCCCACCUUUGUGUACAACGAAUGUCGUUGCGAUCAGUGCGACUUCCGGGCGUUUCGGCAGAUUGACGUGGAGCUCCACAAACGGUCAGUACAUUAUGGCCAAAGGCUACUUCACGACGAAUUAUGCGAUUUCCGGAAGUGCGGCCGAACCACGCCCCAUCCUCGCAUCAUGUGUCAAACCCCUCCUCCCCUGCCACCGUUGUCCGCUAAUACGGGCAAGAAAACUUUUGCCUGUGACCAAUGCCCUGCCACGUUUUCUCAAAAGGCUCAUGUGGACACGCACAUGAAGACGGUUCAUUCGGCUGACCGACCUUUCAAGUGCCAUGUGUGCCGUUACCAAGGUACAAGCAAAGCUAUGUUGGAUAAGCACCAUAAACUCCGCCAUCUUAAAGAACGCCCUUAUGAAUGUCCAAUUUGUUUGAAGCGUUUUGGUCAGAAAGUUCACCGAGAUAUUCAUGUCAAAGCCAUUCACGAGCGCAACAAACCCUUUGGAUGCGAAGAAUGUGGCUAUCGUGCUUCCACCAAGGGCCUCAUGGACAAACACAUUCGCUUAGUUCAUCGGAAGGAAAAGCCUUUCCCUUGUAAUCACUGCACCAGUCGAUUUGGUCAAAAAUCUCACUUACAAAAGCACGUUCAGACGGUGCACACCAAGGAAAAGGCGUAUCCUUGCGACCAAUGCAGUCAUAUGUCGACCAAUCGGUCGAACUUAGAUAAACACGUGAGGCUUGUCCAUGAAAAGAUCAAACCUUUUGAGUGUCAAGUGUGCUCCAGUAAAUUCGCCCAGAAAGCUCAUUUAAUUAAUCAUGUGAAGAAGAGCCAUCGAAUUGAGACCCCGUUCAAGUGCGUUCAAUGCUCGCAAGCUUUCAGUUCUUGGCAAGAGUUGAAAACGCACUCCGCCGUUCAUCAAAAUACCCCCUAUUAUUCAUCUCAGCACUCUCGACCUCACCAGCCUCAACCUACUCACCAACAAACCCCAGUGUAUUCAAUUCAAAUGAUGGAGGGCAAAGGCUUCAAUCUCAAAGUCCCGAUGAUGAACCAAUCAAUGAGUUCAGCAUUUUUAAUCUAGUCCCGUGACAAGUAAAUACAGGAUGACAAUUGAAUAA